AGCCUUCGCAUUUCCAACAUCCACGACUAACUUCCUCGUCUACCCUCCGUCGUCUCGGUCUCAGAUCCCUAAUCGAGGCCCUAGUUCGACAUUCCUCGCCGCUGCGGUUGCCGGCGGUUUUGGAAGUUUCGAGAGAUAUCAUCCGUAUCGGCGCAGUCGUUGAGAAUCUGAGUUCACAUUAGGAAUCAUCAGGAAUAAGGGUUUGGCUUGGAUUCCAGACCCGCAGUUCAUUUCUUCUGGAUUUUGGCUGAAGAUAUCUUCCACCUUCAUGUCUGGCGAACAGGAAGCUGAGAAUCGACCUCCGACGCUUGCGGAUCAGAUUGUCGAGCCGUUGAACUAUAACCUGCUGCUAUCGUCGGCCCCUCGGCCGUUAACUUUUGCAGAUGAGUAUCAUUCGUUCUUGCCGGUGGGAGACCAAUUGGAAGCCACUGAGGAGGCGGCGGAUUCCACGACCGUUAAUACUCCGUUAAAGCGAAAGGCUGAUAGACAAGACGCCGAUGCUGCUGAAUCAAAGCAGUUGGCAAGUAGUUCUGGAUGUGCUAUGGUAGCCAACAGUUCCCUCACACGGUUGUCAUGGAUCGGGGGAAGGAAAAAGGGUAAAUCUAAAGUUCUGAAUUGCAAAAAAUCUGAACCUCAGACUCCUUUGUCAAAUGAAGGUUCCUCUUCUGUCAAUUUUCUAUCUCCAGUUUCUACUAGCCGGUUUGACAGUUCUUUAGGGCUGUUGACCAAGAAAGUCAUCAAUUUGCUUAGACAUGGUCAGGAUGGCACGCUUGACCUUAACAAAGCUGCUGAGACUUUGAAGGUGCCAAAGAGGCGGAUAUAUGACAUUACAAAUGUCUUAGAGGGAAUUGGACUGAUAGAGAAGAACUUAAAAAACAAAAUACUCUGGAAGGGGCUUGAUGACUUGAGACCUGGCGAAGAUGAAGGUUCUUCAAUUUUACAGGCUGAGGUUGAGAAUCUUGCAUUGCAGGAGUGUAAUCUGGAUGUUCAGAUCAAUGAAAUGAGAGAACGGAUUAGGGAACUAAGUGAAGAUGAAAACAGUUCAAAAUGGCUUUAUGUGACUGAAGAGGAUAUCAAGCAGCUACCAUGCUUUCAGAAUCAAACACUGAUUGCAAUAAAGGCCCCACAUGGUACAACCUUGGAAGUCCCAGAUCCUGAUGAGAUAAGUCAUAUGACGACUAUAAGUUUUUGCAUACUUGCAGCUCUCCCAUUCAAGGCUGGUGAGAAUCCCCAGAGGAGGUAUACAAUGGUACUUAGAAGCACCAUGGGUCAAAUAGAUGUUUACCUUGUCAGUAAAUUUGAGGGCACAUUUGAGGAGUUAAUUAGUGUUGAUACAUCAUCAAAUCUCCCUUGCACAUCAUCAUCUGGCUGCAACGAGCAUCCAGAUGCUCCAACAUUGACUGACCAUAGCAAAGGCAAUGAAUUGGAGCUUCAGGUCCAUGAGGACCAUGACUCCUGGAGAAUUAACGCAGAUUCAAAUGCAACACAGGAUUUCACGGAUGGCAUGAUGAAGGUUGUUCCUCCUGAUGCAAAUCCUUAUUCAGACUACUGGUUACUUUCAGAUACAGGGUUCAGCAUCACAGAUAUGUGGAACUCACCUUCCCCCUGUUGGCUCUUUAACUUGUCAAAGCUGAACAAUGGGAUGUGAAUCCAGAUGAGUUUUUGAUUAGUGGGUCUGAGGCACCAUCCAGCGGCGCUGACUCACCCGACGCAAACAAUCCUGGAACAUGAGUUCUACCAACCAAAGGACCGCCGAACAAAAUUUUUGAAGUCAUUCUUUUCAAUAAAAAUUACAAAUAGUACAACCCCAUACUUGAUAGCACCAAGCAAUCAUAGAUGAAGGUGAAUACAACGCAGAAACUGCAGGCGAUCAAAGAUAGCCGAGUGAGAUGUACAGCUGAUAAACUCACAAAAUUUUUUUACUAGCUAAGUUUGUAAAAGGUUUCAACUAGUCAUCUUCCAUCAAUAACACGCCUAUACAAAUAACCUUGUAUACAGCCAAAUUCGAUGCAAAACGAUUUAGAUGAUAAAUAUAUCAUUGGUUGGUUGUAAAAUUUUGAUGACUACAUUUUUUGUGAAACUGAAGAAAAUGAAUUUGCUUGUGCAUAUAUGCUGCUGUAAGCUGAAAACAGAUAAGUAUAAGGUGCUGGAAUUAGGAAAUAACAGAGAACGAGGCUCAGUUUCGUUACAGUUUCUGUUUCAUUUUGCAUAAUAUUUUACCUCAACAGUCUAGUUUAUAUGGACGACAGCCAUACUGUGUGUCAGGUGGUGGUGAUGUGCUUUAUACGUGUAAGGUGAGGGUUUGCCAAGUCAGUUCUGAUCCAACGGUUAAGAUGGCGGAGAUGGAAGUGGCUGCUCUGAUUUUUUUGGCAGUCGCUAUACCUCCCCCUUAAGUUGAUAAGUUAGGUUGAACUAUUAGCUUGUUCUUAAGUGUUUAAAAAUGGGUCAUAGAAGAGGUUUUGUAAGAACGUCUGUGGUUUGAUCUUGGGAGUUUGUGUAAUAUUCUGAUUUCUUUAGAUUGUGUGUUCGCUGAUAAAAUGAUAGUAGAUUUUGAUGUAUUUGAUGCGAGCUUAAAACAUAGGAUUGUUUGUCAGUGGGAUUGCAAAAAUGUUAUCACAGUGAAGAUCUUUGGUUACCUAGUUAAGGAUGCAUGUAGAGGGAGUUUUGGUAACUUGGAUGCCCAGGAAGAUGGUGUCCACUCCAAUAUGCUUCUUGUAGACUUUGGUGUAAAGUGACUGUUGAGCUGAGAGAUGCUUGUGACAUCGUUUCGGGGUUGUAGUUUCGGCCUUUGUUGUGUUAGUUGGUUCUCUAUUGGCAUAUUGUGCAGUGUGAAGAUCCUGUGAUGAUUCGUCUUUGGAGGAAUUCAAUUGCCAGAUUGAUUUUCUAGCUAAUGAGAAGUGAGUUAGAGGCUUUGAAAUUAUUGUGAUUUUUGUGCGCAUUGAUAUUUUGAAGGCUUGAUAGAGUUGGGAGACCAUUGAGUCUGUAAAGAAUGAUGUAUCUUCAUUGUCUGCAAGUGAAUCCGUUUUUUCUUGGGCUGUUAGCAGUCGCAAUUAGAAACAAAGCUCUGAUGUUAGGUCUAUGCUAUCAAAUGCAAAAAAAAAAA